AUCUUUACCCAUAUUAUUUAUAGGGAGGAUUAUUUAAAAUCAUGUAUACACUGAUUAUUUAUUAUUUGAUGCAAUAUGAUAAAAUACUUCCAUUGGUCAAAUGCGAUGUUGGACGACAGAUAAUCUUUGGUGAAUGGCAUUAUUCUUGAUAAAUUACGACCGAAUUCCGAUCGCCAAACCAAAUUGGAAAAUCAAUUUAGGUCAAUAACCCAGGCUCAAUCCUCGUUGGCCGUGGUAUUCGAAGCAAAGGAAAGGCAUUAGGGCUGAAACGGACUCAUCGAUUGGCUUCCUAAGGCUGCAUGGCUGCGUUGGCUAUUUUUGCAUAGAUGGCAGAUGCUAUUUGCUUACAGAUCUUGCAUGUACGUCAAAUAUUUGCUGGAGAUUGACACUGCAUUUAUCAAUGGUAAACCUUAAAGCCCCUCACCAUCCAGUUAUAUCUUAUAGGCCUAUUCAACCUUCAGAUUUAGAGGUUCUUGAGAAUAUUCAUGGUGAACUAUUUCCUAUCAGGUAUGAGUCUGAAUUCUUCCGCAAUGCUGUCAAUGGUCGUGAUAUCGUGUGCUGGGGAGCUGUUGAUCGCAGUUGGCCCCAUGCUCAGAGCAAUGAGCUUAUUGGAUUUGUAACCGCCAGGGUUGUUCUGGCAAAAGAAAGUGAGGUAGAAGAUUUUAUCAGUUUUGACUCGUCAAAACCUGACCAAACACUAGUAUACAUUCUGACUCUUGGAGUUGUAGAAUCUCAUAGGAAUCUUGGAAUAGCUAGUGCACUUAUCCACAAGGUCAUAAAAUAUGCCUCAAGUAUCCCAACUUGCAGUGCUGUUUAUCUACAUGUGAUUUCAUAUAAUAAUGCUGCCGUCCAUUUGUACCAGAAAAUGUCCUUCCAGUGUGUACGACGGUUGCACAAUUUUUACCUUAUCAAUGAGCAGCAUUAUGAUUCAUAUCUGUUCAUCUACGACGUAAAUGGUGGUCGAUCUCCUUGCACGGCCUUAGAGCUUGUCACGCUUUUGGUAACUUAUGUGAAGAGCUUAAUCAACUUGAUGGUUGCGAAGCUGUGGAAAAAUGAAGACAAGAAGAUUUCUAAAUGGCCCGCGAGCAAAGAAUCUAGCUACCUUCUCCCAGUGGUUCAAAAUAAGAGAAGUAUCACAGCUGAGGUUGCUCGGUGUCAAUAUCUCUAGUCUUUUAAUGCAUCUUCAUGGCUUCAAACAGGGAAUAAGGUCAUAACUUAAAAUGAGUUAUCUGUGUAACUUAAAAUGAGUUAUCUGUGUAUUAAAGUACCCUGGCAUGGAGACGCGGCUGCUGGAUAAGUUAGCAGAUACGUUGUAUAUUGGAAGUUUGUGAAGGGUUAUAUCUUAUUCCUAUAAUCUUAUGUUUGUUUGAAACUGGAAGGGUACAAGAAUGCAUAUAUUAAAAUCCAAAACUUGAUGUAGU